AUGAGAAGAAUUGUGGCAAGCUUUUGUGUUGUAGCUGGGGAUAAGAUUUCAAGUACAUUGCUUGAAUUUAUGUUUCGUCGAGCAGUUUUAACACCUAGUUUUCUGUUGUGCUCCAAAUGUGGCAAAGCAUUUUCCGUGAGAGGGGAUUGGGCAAACACCAAUGAGAAGAAUUGUGGCAAGCUUUGGUGUUGCAGCUGUGGAUCAGAUUUCAAGCACAAGCGUUCAUUGAAAGAUCACAUCAGGCCAUUGGCCCUGGGCAAAUCAUUUUCUGUGAGAGGGGAUUGGGCAAACACCAAUGAGAAGAAUUGUGGCAAGCUUUUGUGUUGCAGCCGUGGAUCAGAUUUCAAGCACAAGCGUUCAUUGAAAGAUCACAUCAGGGCCAUUGGCCCUGGGUAA